CUAUUGUCAGUUCCUUUUCAACUGCAGCUGUAGUAAUCGAAUCAAUCAUGAAGACCAUUUUCGUUCUUGGUGCAUUUGUAGCAUUUGCUGCAGCUUCGGCAAUCCCAAACACGCGCGCUCUGAAAGAUGAUUUCCAAGAGUUUGUCGACCUUGUCCCGGUAGACAAACUGGUCGGUGUUGCUCUGAAGUAUCUCACCACCGACAAGGAGUUUAAGGAGUUCUUCAGCUACCUGCAGGGUGCGGAGUUCUCCGCCGUUUGGGAUCAGUUCUUUGCCCUGAAGGAAGUAAAGGAUGUGCUGAAUUAUUUGGAGGAUGCAGGCCUAGCUGUGUACGAUGCGCUGAACACAGUUGCUGAUUUUCUUGGACUGCAUCACGUUAAGCCAACCGUUAAAAGCUUGGGAACCAGAGGACUGAACGGUUUUCUCGAUGAAGUUGUUGGAUUGUUGCCUUUGAAUAAAUUCGAAGCCCUGUUUGAAGAGAAACUGAGCACCAGUCCCGAGUUCAAGGCUUUCUUCGAAAAGCUGCGCAACCUCGAUUAUAAUAAGUUUGUUGAUCUGUACAAUAACUCCAAGGAAGUCCAGUCGUUCCUCCAGAAGCUGCGAAACUACGGAGUCGAUGUCGACGGUUUCUUCGAUCUCGUCGCUGGAUUUUUCGGAUGGGGAAAGUACUGAAUUGUAAUUAGAUAUGGAUGAUCUUGAUAUAAAUAAAUUGCAUUAACUUAAGAUCUAAUGGUUCUUUUUAUUCUUAUAACUAGUAUUUGAUUCAAUUACGUUUUCUACCUGAGCACGUCGAAAACCCCAGAAAAAUUGCUUA